AUGAAUAUAAAUUCAAUAUGGCUUAAUUUUAUUUCUCUCUUUUUAACUUAUUUACCUCAAAUGAAAUGCUUUUAUUACGUGAAAAAUAAAGCCAAUCGUGAGAAUGCUGUAACGUAUGCUUUCACAUCAUCAAUUAUGAUGCAUGCCUUUAUGAAAGAGUGCAUCGGUAAACGUUUGGAGUGUACUUGUGAUACCAAACCAGUUGGGCCUAAAAGCAAUGUCACGAGUUGGAAAGCUUUAUGUGUAUCUCAUUAUACUUAUAGUAUUAACCUAACCAAACUCAUUUUGGAUAAAUCUUUUGAAAACAGUAAAGAUUCAAGAGCGCUUAUGAAUCAUCAUAAUCUUCGGGCUGGUAGAAUAGCAGUUAAAAGAACAUUAUAUAAUGAAUGUACUUGUCAUGGAACAAGUGGUAGUUGCCAAUUUAAAACAUGUUGGCAGAGAGUUGCUUCUCCGUUAAGUAUUGGUAACGAAAUAUAUAAACAAUAUAAAGAUGCUCGGUUAGUACAAGUCGUAAAAGAUCAACUAAUUAGAAAGAAAUCAACUGCUAAAUUGGAUAAUGCGGAAAAAGAAUCAAAGCCUGUAUCUGCGGGAAAAUUAGUUUACUUGGAAAGAUCUCCUAAUUAUUGUAAUGCCACUAUGCCUGACGGUAGUAUUUUAACGACUAUUGGACGAAAUUGUACUCGACAGGGUGAAAGUUUCAAAAGUUGUAGCCAGUUAUGUUUGAAAUGCGGCUAUAAAGUUAAAAGUGUUACAGUGCCCAAGACAGUACGAUGCAAUUGUAUCUAUAAUCUGUUUCUUAAAAAUACAGUGAAUUGUGAAUUAUGUUUAAAAAAUGUUACUCAUAAUUGGUGCAUACCUUCAUCAUUCGUUUAA